AAACUUCCCGCCACUCCCCCGCCAUGCUCGAUGCAGCUGAUCAAUGAAGUAAAUGAGUGCCAUCAAAUGAAAAUCGGUGACUUGACUCGACUUUUGCCACGCCAGGAAAACGCUUUCCUGUUUGGAAUUUAUAUCAACCAGCUUUUAGAAAUUUGCAGGUUUGUUCAUCGGUUUGGUUUGUUUGGUCGGUCGGUCGACAAUCUGGCUUCAACUCGAGCUGGGGAACUGAAAUUUGGGAUGAAUAGGCCCGGAGGAUUUAGAAAUUAA